GACGGCGAAAGAGAAGCAAUGGACUGUUUAUAAAUAGGAAGCUGAUGGAUGAAACUUCAGAUAUUGUGAGUGUAACGAGACGCAGUUCAGUCCUUUCCCUUAUUAGGAGCCCCUGAACUGAACUUGAAGGAGCAAAUAAUCCUCAAAGACAACCUUCUUCUUCUCCUUCUUCUUUGAACCCAGCAAAAGCAAGUUUGAAUAUAUAUAUUAGAUAGCCAGAAAUGGGAAGAUCUCCGUUCAGUGAUGAGACUGGUUUGAAGAAAGGACCUUGGACUCCUGAAGAAGAUCACAAGCUUGUUCACUACAUUCAGAAACACGGCCAUGGAAGCUGGAGGUCUCUCCCUAAACUUGCAGGGCUCAACAGAUGUGGGAAGAGUUGCAGGUUAAGAUGGACUAACUACUUGAGACCAGACAUAAGGAGAGGGAAAUUUUCCAAAGAGGAAGAACAGACAAUUCUGGAACUUCAUGCUAUCCUGGGCAACAAAUGGUCAGCGAUUGCGAGGCACUUGCCAGGUCGGACUGAUAACGAAAUAAAGAACUUCUGGAACACUCAUCUGAAGAAGAAGCUGAUUCAAAUGGGCUACGAUCCCAUGACUCACCAACCUCGAACUGAUAUCUUCUCUAGCCUCUCUCAUCUUCUGGCUCUGGCAAAUCUUAAGCAACUUCUUGACCAUAAUGCUUCGAGCCUUCAAUUUCUGCAACAUAGUAUUCAACCUCAAGCAAUUACAGAUCGCACCAGUACCACUCAUCAAGCAAACCCGAACGUUAUGAUGAACAUGGACAGUUUCAACCAUUUGAGUUCUCUAAUUCAGUUAGACGACAACAACGUCGUCAAUGAAUCCUCUAUAGCUUUUUCUCACGUGCCUGAGUUACUUACUCAUUCAUCAUCUUCUUCUUCUACCUAUCAAAUACCUCCAUUACUUAGUAAAGAAGACAUGGUUCAAAUCCCAGAAUAUUGUACAGUGAACAAGGAAGAGAGUGGUUCUCCCAAUUCUUCUACGUGGCUUCACUGUGUUCAGGCUGAGACGACUAUGGCGCCGGCGGCCACACAUGCUAUCAUCAGUACUUCGGUGACUGAUAAUAGUAUCGCCGAUGCGGCUUGCGAUUUUGGUGAUGUUGUGGGUCAAUACACUUGGCCUGAGUCUGAGCUGUUUCUAGAAGACUCUUUAUUCCAAGAGAUUAAUGCUUAGUGAUUUUACGUUAAUUACAGCUUUAUUACGUGUAUACUACGUGUAUUCUUGUGUUUCUUUUUGUAGAUAUUGUCCAUUAUGAGUAUAAUAUCCUUUAUUUAUGUUUUGAUAUAUUUGUAGUCUCCGUGUAAUUUUAUGACUGGUUAAUGAUAAUUCGUUUCUUGUUUU